GAAUCUUCUUUGCAAAGUUUAAGAUUUCUGCCCUACGCCCUAUAUGAAGCUUGAAGGAAUUUUAGAGUAUUAAACUAGAAGGGCUAUGUUGGGUAACUUACUCCCAGUGCUAUGCUAUGUUGGAAAACUACCUUGCAUGAUCUCUUUCCUGGACACUAAGUGGCAUCAGAUACACAUGGGCCAUCUCCUAUAACUCCGCAUAAUUCUGCUUAAUCUGAUCUGUGACACUCCAGAUUUUGUCUUGUGGUUUUGUAAAAUACCUUGCUUCUUACCUAUGCUUUUGCAUUGCUGCCUCACUAAGCAGUGUAACCAGAAGUCGAAUAGGAUUUUUAAAACAAGUAGAGGCAUUCAAGUAAUCUCACAAAAUCCUGCAUCACUAUUGCAUUAAGCCCACUAACUGUCAAUCUGCUAGCCAUCAAUCUAUGAACUAAUCAGUUUUUACUCCCAGAAGGCAUAGAAGUUGUAUGUAAUGACAUGACCCAACAGCCAAAAAUCAUGCUCAGGGUUGCUUCACUGAUGCUGUGAUGACCCAGUGGAGAAUACAGAUUUCAUAGGGGUCAGAGAUGUCUUCCAAACCUAGUAUUGAGAAAAAGGACCACAAUUCUACCUCAGGAAAGAAGAUGUAGCUUGGAGGCUGAUCUGCAUUUUCUCUCUCCGAAAAUUUUUGAAGGAGAAGAUAUGAAGGGGUAUGGCUGUGCCCCCUGGGUCCACUGCUGCAUGUUUGGAAGAAUAUCCUGCUCAACAAAGCAGAAGUUAACUAGGACUUUGGAGUUGGUAUUGGUUAUGCUGGGAGCAGACCAAGGGGAAUAUUUGCUUUCCAAUUGCAGAGGAAACUAAAAGUGGAUCCAACUUGAAGGGAGUGUGGUGUGGGAAGACAUGCGGAGACGUGGGAACAAGGAGACUCAGGAAUGCUGUUAGAGAACUUUUCCACUCUUAAAAUGCAUGGCCAUGGUUAGACUUGGUUAGCAGUGAGGCAAAUCAUGGCAUUCCCAGGACUGGAAAGCACCUGUGAGCUGCGCUCACCUUGAAUAAUGUCACUUGGCCCCUCCAGGCAAGACAAGUGGGUGGUGCUGGCAAGUACAGGAACAACGUUUUUUCUUAUUCUUCAGGGAAGGCACAUACUAACUUGUCAUGCUGUCUUUAAUUUGAUCUUGGAUGAUACACAAGUCCAACAGUUUAAUGUCCCGUGCAAAAUAAAUAAAUAAAAAGCAAUAAUUAUGUUAUUUAAGAGGAAAAAGCCAUUUGCUUGUUUGUGUUAGCAAAACAUGAAUUGGCACUUACAGGGUCCAAAGGACCACAGAAAUUUCAACAGUACUGGCUCCCACAAUGCUGAUGGCUUUUUUUUUUUUUUUUGCAGAGAGAUUUAGUAGCAGGAUGAGACAAAAGGAUGCACAGCAGGCCUGUAACAUCCUUCCUCUCCUGAGUAGUCUCUGUCAAGGCAAUGGGUAAAUGCCUUCAGAAGAGGACCACAGUGAAGUUCUGGUGAAUGAACCCGUGGAAACCCUGGAUGCCCUGCAUGUGCUCAACAAACCCAAAAUUUUCAGAAUGUGUAGGACUUUUACUGUGCGUGAAGACCAACUAUCAAGCACUUGUUCAGCUUUGCUACUCAGGUCUCACUGCAUCUGCCAGAGGUCCAGAAACCCAAACAAACAUAGGAAGUUCCUGAAAAUGUCCUGAAAUAUCCUAUAAAUAGGAAGAAUUUCCAGACGGAAGAAGAGCAGAGGUUCAGGAAAACAAAAAGAGCCUAGCGUUGACCUAAGGCUGUUCCCAGUGAAGUCAGUGGUGGAACUCCUACCGACAUUUCAUUAGAGAACACUUCUAGCAUCAUGGAGACUUUUUGAAAACUCUGCUUGCAAGACAAACCAAGAGCAAACAGUACAAAAUGGAUCCUGCAGAUGAAUUAGUUUGUCACCUUUUCUGGGACAGCAGUGAUAGGACACGUGUGCAACCAAAAGUUUCAGAGUCUUUCAAAGUUUUCUGAUGUUUUCUGAUCAAUGGAUCCCGACAAUUUUUUUAAUGUAGAUAAAAAAUAGCAUAAAUGUACUGUCAGCUGUGCUUCCCAGUCACUUUUCUCAAAUCUCCUGUAAGCACUUCACACGUUGUUACUGGCCUUUAGACCAGAGAAUGACCAGCACUAAUAGAGAGACUCUCUUAUAUGGCUUUUGCCCUUAGGCGGUAUACAACCAUAGUGAAAGUAAGUGAUAUCCACUGCCCCAGACAAGUGAGAAGUUAAACAGGCAAGACAUAGGAAACAGGUGCAAAGAAGGAGGGCACUGUGAACUCCUUUACUUGAACUCCUUUACUUGGAAAUAUUUGAAGCAACACCACAACACUAAGUCAUUAGUCAAGUGACUUACACAUUUUUUCACAUCCAGAAACUGUCCACAGUCAAGAAUGCAGUCUAACAUGCCUGAAUGCAACUAGGUCAUUCUAUAAAUAUAUUGUUAAUGGGAUCAUGAUUUCCCUAUUUGUGUAAAUAUGUACCUGUUUCAUGUAAGUGUUGGAAAUAAGUCAUUAAUCUAUGCUGAUAGAACACUCUGAAAGUCUGAAACAUUGUACGCGGUUCAUAUUACUGUCAUAACAAGUCAGGUCCUACAGAUCUGGUACAUUAGUUGGCUUCGAGCAGAUGUGGAAAUGCUGUAUAUACCAUUGCUAAAGGUACUGCAGUCAUUGUUUUCAGAUACUUAGAGGAUACAUACACUGGAUCACUUUCCAUUGUGUUUAGACCCAAUCUUGACUUCAAGUGUUCAGAUUGUCUGCUUGUGCAGCUCAAGAACGUGGAACUCGAGGUCCUAGAUCCAGUUGAGUGUUUUACAUUUUAUUAUACACAAUAAAUGUAAUGAUGGGUAUGUGCAUUUCAGGCUAUUGGCAGGGCAAGAUAAUAGGGCACACUGCUGAUUCACACUCAGUCAGAACCUCCAUGUCCCUUUCUGUAAGGCUGUUCUCCAGCCUCUCAUCCCUCAGUCUGUACAGAUAUCCAGAACUGAGCCAUCCAAGGUACAGAAUCUAGCAUUUGCUCUUGUUAAACUUCAUGCAGUUGAUGAGUGCUCAAACCUCCUAUUUGUCAUGGUCUUUCUGCCAAACCUCUGCCCCUGGAGAGGGAGCCAGCAGCUCCUCUUCAUUAAUAUAAUCUGCAAACUUACUUAGUAUACAUUCAAGUCCUGCAUUCAGGUCAUUUAUGAAGAUACUGAAGAUAACUAGCCCUAAAGUGGAAUCCUGCAGAGCCCCACCAGUGACUGUAUGCCAGCCUGAUGUAACGCUAUUUACUACAACCCUUUGAGAUUAAUUUAUCAGCCAACUCUUCACCCAUCAUAUUACAUACCUAUCCAGCUGCAUGCUGGAUAUUUUGUCCAAAAGAAUCUUCACUUCUUUAAGAUCUAAUUCAAGAGCUUUAUGUGGCAAAAUGAAAAACAUUUCUCUUAGAACAGUUGCAGUAUGGACUUCAGAUCAGAUGGUAUGAGGAUCUCCAGUUGUUUUGCCAAGAGCCAACCACUUGAGAUCACCCCAGAAACCGAUACUUUAUUUAAAGACUCUUCAGUGGGAUUCCUCUGGAUGAACGCCGGGGACUGUUUCUGGUAGGAGAGUGUCUGUUUUGGAGGGUGCGGUGCUUCUGGCUUCGUUUCCCCUUGAAGUUUUCAGCUUCUGUCUUGUUCAGAACUGGGGAGAUCCUACCAUAACUCUGGACUAUCUGCUAUGGCCAAUACACUGUUACUAUCAUGUCUUAAAUGCAUGAAAAUUCCAGAGAAACACCUUGGAAUUUCUGGCAAUUUCUUUAAGUGCAUUUAAAGGUUUUUGUUUCCUGCUCCAGAUCACGGGUGACGUACACAAACAACAGAGUUCACAAGCAGCAGAGUUUGGGGAGGCUGAUCCUGGCUGUGUUUGCAGACCCGCUUCUUGCAGUAUAGGCUUCAUGGUCACAGACAACCACGGUCCUGGUGAAAGAAUGGAAAACCAAACAAUAGGAGGAAUCUAGGAGAAAGGGAGGGAAAGGUUAUGUUCUUUGUUUAUGGCAAAGGAUGAGGGAAGUGUGAAACAAAACAAGGAGAAAAAGAACAGAGAAAGGAUAUAGAAAACCCAUAUGGGUGACCUAGUAGAAGUAAAGGAGCACAAAAUUCUUCCUUUUGGUUGCAAACAGCAUGGAAGACCUUCCAUAGUACCUGCUCAGUGCUCAAUCUCUUGUGCCCGUAUCAACCAAGGGAAUUAUUCAUUAUUUUGUAGAGCACGUCCUUACUUUUCUUCUCUCUAGGUCAAAAAAUGCCAAACCAUAAACUUCUGGAGAUGUUUAUCCUUAGAAAGCGCUGCAGUGUUCUUUUACAAUAUAUGAAAUUGCAGUAAUAAGAAUAAAUUAUAGCACUCAGCAUCGGACAGGAUGACUGAUGUAAGCUGUCAGCCAAUGUUUGACUUUCCAGGUGAGAUUAGAUUUAGCAUUUACCUUAAUAUAAACAGAAAGUGUGCAGUAGAAAGCACUUAAUUAACAAGCAAGUGCUCAAAACCUUGUGCAAGCUGGAGGCUACUUGAAGCUUAAGAUAGCUCUUCUCUUUCCAGAGUAUCGCAGUAUUAUCCGGCGGAGUUUCAAAAUCCUGAUUGUUACUGGGAAUCUCAUUACUGAAGGAGACAGGAAAGCAGCUGUAACUUGCAAGGAUGGCUGAAAUACGAAACUUCACGUGGGCAGUGGAAGAUAUUUUCAAGGAAACUUUUCUCACUUACAUGAAUGGCUGGAGGAAAAACAUGACAGAAGCAGCAAAUGAACUGCAAGCCAAGGUUGAUGCUGAAAACUUUGACUAUGUUAUCCUUUAUUUGAUGGUGAUGAUUGGAAUGUUCUCCUUCAUUAUUGUGGCGAUUUUGGUGAGUACCGUGAAAUCUAAGAGGCGAGAACACUCCAAAGACCCUUACCAUCAGUACAUCGUGGAGGACUGGGGUGAGAAGUAUAAAAGCCAGGUUCUGAAUCGAGAAGGUCUCAAGUGUGUGGUCCAUGAAAACUUUGGUGCAAGGGACAAAACAAGCCCCGCGUCACCCUGACAUUCCAGAAACAUCAGCAAAGAGGAAAUCAUGAAGUCACAUUUAGGGAACUCGCUGGAAUUACAAAUAGCUGAGAAAUUGUUCAUUAGAUUUACACAGGUUGAGCUAGAAUGGGCUGCUGAAGAAAUCAACAUCACUGUUUCCUCUGAGAACUCUGGCGCAGCUGCUUUGAGGAGCACCCAAGAAAAAUGCAUGACUUUGCUCUGCUUUGAUAUUCUGCUCUUCAGGAAAAUAAAGUCAUGGAGAGAAUAACUUGAAUUUUUUAGCAAUUUUUUGAAAUCGAGAAGCAGAUCUGGAUUACUGAGCAGUAAACUUCAGAUGAACAGUAGGAGUUUUCAAGUGUUUAAAAGUCCUGAUUCAGAUCCCAAUGUCUGACAUAAACCCAUCUUAAAAUAACAGGAAACUGUACAAUAAAAUACCAGACCCUCUAUCUAUUGAUUGAACAAUGUGUUAUGGUAUGAAUCACAGGACGAGCCUAUAUCUACACAUGUUCAAGUCAAUCCAAACUGCUAUUUUAAUGACCUGGCUCCCAUUUAAAUUUCAUUAUUCAUUGGCUACAAAGAAUGAUUCAUGGCCUUCUGUUUUAUCA